GCAACAAACUUACUUUACGCAACUUUCUAGAUUUUUGCAGCGUUCUGAAUAAUUAAUUUUGAAAUAAACCAUUGUUAUUAAUAUAUUUUGUUUGUAUAAAAGUGCUACAAACAGCUAUUUCCUGUGUAAUAAUCGAUUUCAUGUUCGGUUUCUAUGAUAAACUUUGGACUGAAAUAGGUUAGUUACGGGCUUACAGUACACAAGGUAGUUGUUCAGCAUGAAGUUGGAGGGCUUUAUAAACAGCCACCGCGGCUGCCGGCAGCUCAUUUCGAUCCAACCAACAAUGUCGGAGGUUGCUAACGGCGCGACACUCGACGAAUCUUGUUUGCUCGAUAUGGACGCUUGCUAUGAAACCUUCGACAAGGAUGGGGAUGGCAAGCUAAACUACGACGAGUUCCGGCUGAUCUGCAAGGCUCUGUUCCGCAACGACAAGGGCCACAUCUACCCGCUGCCCGAGGAUCGCGCGCGGCACAUCUUCCAGGUCUUCGAUCGCAAUGGUGACGGAUUCGUGGAUAAGGACGAGUUCGCCUUCUGCUGGAACCACUGGAUCAAGGUGAUAGUCCGUCCCGUGAGCGCGUUCCUGAUUGUGGACGUGCAAAACGACUUCAUCUCGGGCACGCUGAACAUCAGCAAGUGCAACGCGCAGCAGGACGGCAGCGAGGUGGUGGAGCCGAUUAACCGGCUGCUGGAGACGGUGUCGUUCGACUGCGUGUUCUACUCGCUGGACUGGCACCCGCCCGACCACGUGUCCUUCAUAGACAACGUGCACAUGCGGGAGCUUCACCCGUCCAGCCCCGUGUCAGCAGACAAAGCACAGGCAUACGACACAGUGGUGUUUGCGGGGCCCCCGCCCAUGAAGCAGAGGCUGUGGCCGCGACACUGCGUGCAGGACACGUGGGGCGCCGAGCUGCAUAAGGAUCUCAAGAUAGUGGAAGGCGCGGUGAAGGUGUACAAAGGCACGAACCCUGAAGUGGAUUCUUACUCGGUCUUCUGGGACAACAAGAAGCUGACCGAUACCAGCCUCAUCUCACAGCUGCGGCUUCGAGGAGCCACCGAUAUCUACAUCUGCGGCCUGGCCUACGACGUCUGUGUGGGAGCGACGAUAGCGGACGCGCUGGCCAUCGGCUACCGAGCGAUCCUGGUGGACGACGCCAGCCGCGGCGUCGACCUCGCCGACAUCGAGCAGACCAAGGCCACCAUCGUCAACCACAACGGCGUCAUCGUCACCACCCACGAGGUAGCAGCAAUGGUGGAAGGUCGCGACAGGCGGCCGGAGCUCGGCUACAAGUUAGCUAUGGAGCUCAAAACCGCCAUGCAGGACGAGCAGCAAUAGAACUACUAACUGUGAGAGUUAUCCGUUUUAUUUGUAAGAUACCGCGGUGAACUGGCAAGGUCAUUUUCUAUUUUCCAGUUUAACGCGGUACCAAAGUCCUAUGGACACAUCUAUCUACAAUUCUACAUUUUUAUGGCGC